CGAUACAGCGUCAGAUCGAUUCGAUUCCGGAGGUUGCGUGUCAAAAUCCGGACGUCCUUGGUCCCGCCGCGGCAAUGGCGAAAGCGCCGCGCGUGUCGCUGCUGCUGCCCACGUACAACGAGCGGGAGAACCUGCCCAUCGUGCUGUGGCUCAUCGACCAGAGCCUCACCCAGAGUGGCCUCUCCUACGAGGUGAUCGUCAUCGACGAUGGCAGUCCAGACGGAACGCUCAAGGUGGCCCGGCAGCUCCAGGACAUCUACGGAGCCCACAAAAUUGUGUUGAAGCCAAGAGAACGGAAGCUGGGAUUGGGCACUGCGUAUAUACAUGGCAUGAAGUACGCCAAGGGAGAGUUCAUCGUCAUCAUGGAUGCCGACCUGUCGCACCACCCAAAGUUUAUCCCCGAGUUCUUCAGGAAACAGAAGGAUGGGAAUUACGACAUCGUGUCUGGAACUCGUUACCUGGAAGGGGGAGGAGUUCACGGCUGGGACCUCCAGAGAAAAGUAGUAAGCCGGGGCGCCAACUUCUUGGCGCAGCUGCUGCUCAACCCCGGAGCGUCGGACCUGACGGGAAGCUUUAGGCUGUACCGCAAGGAGGCGCUGCAGAGGCUGAUGGACGUGUGCGUGUCCAAGGGCUACGUGUUCCAGAUGGAGAUGAUCGUCCGCGCUCGCCAGCUCGGCCUCUCCGUUGGAGAGGUGCCCAUCACGUUCGUGGACCGGCUGUACGGGGAGUCGAAGUUGGGAGGCAACGAGAUCGUGUCGUACCUGCAGGGCCUCUACACGCUCUUCAGCACUGUGUGACCCAGCCCCACGUGACCCCGCCCCACGUGACCCCUCCCCGUGUGACCCCUCCCUGCGUGACCCCGCCCCAGCGUGACCCCGCCCCGCGUGACCCAGCCCCGCGUGAUCCCGCCCCACGUGACCCAGCCCCACGUGACCCAGCCCCACGUGACCCCACCCCAUGUGACCCCGCCCCACGUGACCCCGCCCCACGUGACCCCGCCCCACGUGACCCCGCCCCACGUGACCCUGCCCCACGUGACCCCGCCUUGGGCUGUCGGGGGAGGGCGACCCAAGUACAAAGCCACUGGAGCUAUGCACUUUUUAAUCAUCUAGAUUGAAAACUAGAUUUGACUACGUACGGUGCGACGGAAGUUAAACACGCGUACAAUAAAGUUGCAACCCUUGAGUCUGUCCUAGGCCCAAGUUCUUGUUAAACACCGAAAGUAAAAAUUCUUACAAGGCACGGGGACAAUGCAAAGCCAGUCGUACCUCUUAUUGACAAGAAGCUUUGUUAGGAGAAGUUAUUUUUCUACACUUGUGGCUCUACAGCAUUGGCCAUUUAUCGGUACGCCGUCAAAAAAAAAAUAGGGAGACAUUUCACGUAAUGAACGUAUGUACGUUGAACUUCUUUUGCACCGUACGUAGCGCUAAUCGGAAGUGCGGGGGGGGAAGGACAACAAACUAAACACAAAUAAUAAGUUCUAAAGAAAUGAGUUUGUCGAUCGAGAUGAUUUAAAAGUUAAUCGCUCCGGCAGCUUCCUAAUAUUGGGAGAGCAUUCCAGACAGCCGCAAAAGCGCGUCUUUAAGCACGCGAUGCGGUCACGGUCUUUUGUCCAAUGGCUGAGCCGAAAUAAUAAUCCCGUUCUCUAUUGCCGUGCGCCGCUUGUGUAAAAAUUCCGCUUGAAGUCGGAGCGUGCUAAGAUAAUCUCGAUUUGAAGCUUUCGUGACUGCAGGAAUCCAUACUCUUUGGUUCUUUCGGUAAUGUCACGUGGGUAUAAAAAUAAAAUAAAUCACGACGUUUCGGGCACAACACCUGAUGACGGACGCUUGUGUUGUGCCCGAAACGUCGUGAUUUAUUUUAUUUUUAUUAAAUCCUUUAUAUUAAGUUCGCUUGCUUGCUUAGGACCGUGCAAAUCUUUCGGUCGUUUUUUAACCCACUUCCCGUGAUCCGAUCGAGCUGACGUUUUACACACAGACUCGUUGUGCGUGACAAUUAAUGUUCGUGAAAUUUUUUUCCCAAAAUUUUACACUUUUUAGGACAAAAAUAUUAUAUUUAAUUACCAAUUGCUUAAUGGUGCAAUGCAAUCAUCUGACCCAUAGGUGGCAGCCAUCUCAAGCCAGAGGACGAGAUGACUCUAGCCGCCACGCAUAUAAAGGAUUUAUAGUGAAAAACGUUGUUUUUACGGGUUAUACUUAUACCUACGUGACUUUACUGAAAGAACCAAAGAGCAUGCUAAGAUAGCUCAAACAAGAGCCGAUUCGCCACUCGGGACACACGGCCCUGAGUACUUUUGACGGCCCGUGUGUUGAGCUCCCAAGACGUGGUGUGGUCGAGGCUGAAAGCGCUCGUGACAGGGCCAGCGAAUCCUGACAGAGCACGCAUUCUAACCCCUACCCCAGAGUCCAACUUGCUGCCCUUUAGCCGUGCGCGGCAAUAUCAUUUCGUCGUUCGUGAGCUGAAGUGAAAGUGCGCGGAGAAAACCGAUGGAAGAUGAAUAUUUCGACAAACGGCAUGACGCUGUUGCUGCUGAAGAGGGUCGCUUGCGUCGAGAAAAGUUCUGCAACGUCCUUCGAACGAGCGGCGGAUUUUAAUAUUUUGGUAAAACUGCCGUUGUUAAUACGGCUGACGACAAAGUUAGUAAUGGUGACGAUGGUUUGCAUCGCUACUGCGGCCGCUGGAGGCGCUACCAUCCACCGCGUAAAAAAACUAAUUCUUGAACCAAAACUAAAAAGCGACAAUUAUCAAAUUGCCGGGAAGGUGAAUCGCCACACUCCCAGUGUUGUUGUUGCCUGCUGAUGUAAUGGUGGUGAUAGUGGCGAUGCUGAUCAUGAUGGGUAUGAUUUUGAUAAUUGUGGUGGUGGUGGUGAUGUAUGUUCAACUUCUUUCGCACCGUACGUAGCCAACCGUGAUAAUCGGGAGGUGCGGGGCGAAGGACAAUAAACUAAUGAUGCUGGCGAUUCU